GAAUGGCCGUCAUAAAUCGUGCACUUCUUCUCUUGUGUAUUCUGUUUGCUUUAUCCGAAGCUUACAGUCGCAUGGAGUUGGAAGACCGCAUGCAGAUGUCGCGAUUUCAAGAACCGGUAAAAGGAGCCGCUGGCCAAAUGGGAGGUGAUCCGUACAUCCACUACUUAUCGGAGUAUUUCGGACGUCCCAUGAAGCGCCAUUCGGCUGGCUCGACAUAUCCGGAGUCGUUGUAAACGAAAAUUUGUUAACUCUUUUUAAUCAAAAAAUUCAACUGUGUAAUCUUUAUUUGUAACAAACUAUGACAAUCUUUAUUAUUAACAUAAUUUCCCCGUGUCUACAUUCACAAAAACCCAACUUUAAUCUUUUACCAUAAUUGUUUUUAAUUUUUAAUGAGAUUGAUGCGAAAAUUUUUUUACAAAAUACUUUUACCAUGCUCGUCAUGGAUUGAAUGCUAUGUUUUUUUACCGACUUGCAGGAGGUCUAUAUAUUGUCUUUUCCGGAUACCUAGUUUAAAUGAAGCUAUUUGUUAACAA